CUACCAAACGUUUGGGUCGGGCAUGUCAAUACGUGGUCGGGGAGGAAGCCAACAGCAACCUCGGUUUAAAAGAGAAUUUAUAGAUAACGACAUCCAGAUGGAUACCCAAGCAUCAAUUGCACCAGGAAAGGCGGCCGUCAAAAUAUCUAAUUAUCCACCCGGCUCUGAAAAUCAAUUACUUUCUUUUCUUCAACGCAAAGCAAAAUUUCAAUGGGAACCGGAGGAGGUUUUUUACGAGAAUGAUGGUAUGGUCGUAGUACUUGAAAAUGAAGGAUUGGCCAAUUCGCUAUGUCGCUUGAACAAUUAUGAAUACAGACAAAUGCCGAUUUCAAUCCAACGAUUUCAUGAAAACAGCUCUCAGGGGGGUGUGCACGGAGCAAGACCAAUUAAUAACAACCCAAGAGCUCCCAGAUCCCGAUCGAACGCACUCGAUGAGCUACUUAAAGAAAGAUGGGAUCCUUCAUCUGGAUUUCUCAAUCUUGACGAGUUACCCAAAUCAAGAUAUCCUGUUAGUCUUGUCAUUAGUCGACUCUUGGCUGCAGCCCAAGAACUUUUUGGCGACGCAGUAGUAACAAUUUCAUUUGCAAGAAAUGAACUUUGGUCCGUAUCACCAAUCAACAGAUUACCAGAGUUUUUCCCCAAUAUUCUGAACCUGUCACUUCAAGACAACGAUAUUGCUGAAUUCAAAAGUCUCAGAAGUCUUAGUUCUCGAUUGAAUCGAUUGACCGAAUUACUACUUAUUGGAAAUCCAAUUCAAUAUAAUAAUGACUGGGAAACAUAUUCAAGAGGUGUUCAACAAAUUUUCCCAAGUGUGAAAAUUUUGGACCAGAGACCUAUUUCUGGCGAUCAAAUAAAUCCAACACAUCUAAACCAACAACACCAGAUGGUGCUUCCCACUCAAUUAUCACAACAAUUCCCACCCAGACCAAGUUUCUUUGACCAAGACUCUUCAAAGCAAGCCACGGAAGACUUUAUGUCAAAGUAUUUUCCAUUGUUCGAUUCAAAUCGUGCGGCAUUGGUGGAUUUGUACGAUGCACAGGCCACGUUUUCUCUCAAUUUUAGUCGUACAUCGUGCGCCCAUGAAAGAUGGGGUCUAGUUGGUGGUAGGAAACAAACCUUGUUUACCAAUGAAGAGAUCAUCAAGAAAUUUAUCACCUUGCCACCCACAAUCCACAGUGGUGUGCAGAUCGGUAGCUUUAUUACAGACGCAUGGCAGGUUUCUAUUUCUUCACCUGCCCAUCCUCUUUUACUCUUUAUCACUAUUCACGGUGAUGUCCGGGAAGCAACCGGUUUAAAUGGUCCUCGUCAUAUAUUUGAGCGAACUUUUCUUAUUGCACCUGCGCCAAUAAACUCAAAAGCACACGCGGCUGGUUGGCAGUACAUCGUUAUUACGGAUUCAUUGAUUCUUCGUGAUUAUACAGAAAACAUUCUCAACCAACCUCCACAUUAAAUCCCAUUUAGAUCCAUAUAUCUAUCGGGUGCCUCUAGUUUGAUCCAAUACUUUUCCCUAUUAGCUAAUAAACUUUAUUUUGCAUCAUUAUCUGGAUUUUCUAUAUAUAUAUAAAGUGGUAAACUUCAAAUCGGUCUGUUAGAAUCUUAUACUUCAUAUUAUUCUUUAUGUUAUAUACAAUUUUUUUGUUUUUAGAUAAAUGUAACAAUUCAAAGAAUAUACGUAGAUAUACAUGUAUAUUGGAAUACAAGUUUUUAUUAGU